UUAGCGACAGGUUAGCGUUGCGUUCUAACUAAAUUGGCGAUUGACAUGACCAUUGAUCUUAAUCUACUUGAGUUAUUUUGAAGCGGCGAUGGUACAGAGCUUUCUAAUAGUCUUUAUGGGAUGUCAUUUGGAAAAGUGGAGAUAAAAUCUUACGUACGCGACACUUCCUCAGUAUGUCGAAAACUAAAAUCGUUUACAUUCAUGAGUUGCCCCCAGUUGUGCUCUACGACUUCACAAGGCUAAUGGAUACCCUUUCACAGUCAGAUUGGAUUGGAUUUGCCUCGCACGUGGUACGGGAUCAGACGGAACUUCGACUGAUAGAGCGUUGUGAGGACAGGACAGACAGGCUAAUGCACAUUUGGAGCUGUCGCAAUGGCACUGUGUCAGAUCUAAUCACCAUUCUCACGGACCUGAAGAUGUACAGAGCUCGAGAUAUCAUCUUCAACUGGAUACAGACCCAGUCACCCACGGUAGAGCAACCUCCCUGCCCCCAUCGUUUACCACCACGGUCACCACCACGGUCGUCUUUUUCACCACCAUCAUCUUUGUUCUAUCCAGUCAAAGAGCCCAAGCAUACCAAGCCAGUGUCAGAAUCUAAACAUCUACCCUUACCUGGCCCUCCACCAGCUGAGUUGGUGUCUCAUGAAGGGAGAAAGCCCACUGCUUUACCAGAAGCUCAGGCCUCUUCCUCUCAGCCAGCUAGCCUGAAAUCGGUGGAUCUAUACAAUUCCCUCUCCUCCUGCGCCAUGUUCUGGUCAUUUGAGGAGAUUCAGAGAGGGACGGAAAACUUCUCUUUGGCACGCCAGAUCGGAGAGGGGGGGUUUGGAAUGGUGUACAGAGCCACUAUGAGAAACACUGAAUAUGCUGUGAAGAAACUGAAAGAGGAUUCUCAACUUGACUGGACAUUAGUGAAACAAAGCUUUAAAACAGAAGUGGAGAAACUCUCAUUAUACAGACACCCCAACAUCUUGGAUUUUGCAGGCUACAGCAUUGAAGAGGGAACCCAUUGCCUCUUGUAUGCCUUUAUGCCAAGUGGGUCAUUGGAAGAUAGACUCCACUGUCAGGACAUUCCUGUGCUCUCCUGGUCUCAACGCUUGGGAGUGCUGUUGGGAGCUGCAAAGGCCCUGCAGUUUCUUCACUCCUGGUCACCACAGGUCAUCCACGGAGACGUCAAGAGUUCAAACAUCCUCCUUGGAGAACAUCUGGAGCCUAAGCUGGGAGACUUUGGGUUGGCUCGAUUAUGUCAAACCACUUGCAGGGCCACAGGCAAGACGACCACUGUUGCUAAGACGAAGAACGUGCAGGGUACACUGGCAUACUUGCCUGAUGAAUACGUGAAGGACGGUCUGCUGGGAGUGGAGAUUGAUGUAUAUAGCUUUGGAGUGGUUUUGCUGGAAGUGCUGACUGGCAGAAGAGCUUUGGAAGUUACUGACCGAUCGAAGCCUAUAUACCUGAAAGACUUGAUCACAGAGCUUGACGAUGAUGAACAAAGCACCCGCGCUAGUAAACCUGGUCAGACUGAGACCAUUUCGACAGCAGCACAACACAUCUGCAGGAGUCAUCUGGACCCUAAAGUUGUGACUGGAGGCAGACCUGUCCCCAGUGGAGCUCUGGAGAUUGCUCAGCUAGCUUGCCAGUGUCUACAUCGCAGGAGGAAGAAAAGGCCCCCGAUGGCUGAGGUAUUCAAGACACUCCAAAACAGCUACAAGGAUCAGAUCUACACUUGCAGAUCAACAAUCAACAUCUCGUCAGAGCCCCCUCAACCACCUCCACCUCAGACGCCGGCCUGGACGGACCCCUCUAUGGAGGCUCUGAGUUCUGAAUUCUCAAAGCUAGGACCUCAAGAAGACACAUACUGCUGCACUCAACAUGUCCACUUGCCUUCUCUCAGUUCCAUGACAUCCUCAUCUGAAUUUCAAGAAGCUGACAGCAACAAAGACACAUUGGGCGUGAACUUUUCCAGCCGCUUUCCCUGUGAAUCAGAUGAGAGUCAGGGCUUCUCACAAUACUUUAGUUCUUCCGACUCUUCUACGCUUCCCAAAGGUAACAUACCUGGGACAAUUCAGAGCCUGGGAGAUGGGGACUACACUUCAUCUGGCUCGCUGUCAGGUCGUUCACAGACCAGCUCAGCAUCAGGUUUAUCUAGUGAAGGAAUUGUGGUUAAUGCUGCGAAACAGCAAUUGGUACACAAAAUGACACUUUAUGAAAAGGGAUUGCUCGCUUCAUCUGGGUUGUUUUCCUCUGGGAGUGGCUCUUAUGGUGAAGAAAGUACCCAAAGCCAGGAGCCAGUGGAGAGUGAGGAGUUUGAAUACUAGCCAACAUAUAAUACCCAUCUAUGCAACAAUAUAUGUUACAGUUAAAGUAUCUGUCAUAAUGUGUCCAAUUCAAGAUACUUUUCCGCAGUGGUUCUUAGUUAAAGGAACCAUAUGUAGGAUUUUGGCCAAAACUGGUACUGCAAUCACUUUCAAAUUACGAUAGAGCGAUGUAUCCCCUCCCCCUUCCCCCGACUCGAGGUUGCCAUGCUAGGCUGCGGGAUCCAGCAGGAACGUAAGCACUAGGCUGCUACAAGGAGCUUCCAAUGGCAAGUGCUAUUGUUGUUUUCCUCAGGGUCUCAGUAUAAUGAUAGAGAAACUGGCUCUGAAAGUGCAUUUCUAAUGUUAGAAAUGAGAACUCGCCGUUUUUAUUUCCCAAACAAUACCUUUUCAAGUCGAUGACCCACCUCCUCCAUAUGUGGCAACAUAACAUUGCUUUGCACAAUAAUGCAUAACUUUGUUCGACUGUCAUGAAUAUUUGAAAUGUUUAUUCAUAUUAAGUACAAGUAAGUUAGCCAAACAUAAAUUAAUCUUGCCUGUCGAGGAGAAUUAGCAAUGUUGGCGUUUGUCUUCAAAUUCUUCUCCGUUUUCAGCCGUCUCCAUCUCUUAUACAAAUCCUUGUUUUAUUUCGGACUUUGUCACAACGUUUUGUAACGUUAGACAUUUGUUUAUCCAACACGUUUGUAGCUGUAGCUGUGGAAACCCGGAUGCCGAAACACUACUGACUUUGUGAUUAGUAGAUACUGUAGGUGGAGGGUGGCGCAUCAUGCCAACACACAACAUGUAAGCAUCAAUAUCAGUUGAGGGCUGCAACUUCACUGUCUUUUAAUGACAAUAUCCUGGCCGGACUACUGUUGUCAGUAAUAUAAGUAUUUGAAAUUAGCAUGAUUUUUUAAUGUCUAGUGACAUAUCAGGGCCAUUUUAUGAUUAAUUGAAAUGCAUUUCUUACAUACGGUUCCUUUAAUGUAAUGAGUUGCCUAAGCCCUAUUCGCACGGGAUUAGUAUUACCUGUGGACCUUUGGUGAUUUGUGAUAAUUGCGGAGAAUGUCUGAGAUCUUAGUCCCGUGCGAAUGUGCCAUGUCUGUAAUUUGUAAAGUAAAAAUUCCGCCGCAAAUUACCUACUAUAUUUCGCCAAACACAGACGUCCGGUGAUAAUACUAAUCCCGUGUGAAUCUGUAUCUCAGUGAUUGCUGUUGCAAUUGCAUAUCUUUUCUACUUUCUGUGUUGUUUUCGGACGUUAGCAUACGACAUAUCCGGGUGUAAUGUCAGUGAAAAUAGAGUAAUUUACAGACUUUGCUUAUCCCGUGCGAAUGCGCUGCAAGUAACACAGAGGUGGGGCGAUAAUUUGAAAAUGACCUGUGGUCCACAGGUAAUACUAAUCCCGUGCGAAUAGGGCUCUAGUGUUCUGCAUCACUGUGAUAGUUUUGGAUCUUUCAAGAGGGCUCUGUUUCAGUUUACACUUUAUUCAUUAAAGGGACACUUCACCGAUUAGCAUUAAGCUUUGUAUCUUUAGAAAGCCAGUCAUGUUUUUGAAUGGUUGUGCAUCAUUCCCUCAGUUUGCCUUGAGAUGGGAAAAAUACGGAUUUCAAUGAAACCCAUGAAUAGGACUUCCUGCUUUCAAUGACGUAAAAUGAUGAUUUUUACAUAAUUGAAAGCAGGAAGUCCAACAAUGAAAUCCGU